CUACUAACAACAGCACCAAGUUGAUCUUGGCCACACUCUCCUUACGCUCCUUUAAUCUGACGUCCAGUCGCCGUAAACCCUGAAAUGCUCCUCAACUCCCUAAUCACGCUCCUCCUCGCGGCACAUAUCGCAACUGCCCACAGCCUGGAUUCUCGUCACAGGCGUAGACAUGUCAGGCGUGCGCUCAAAAGGCAACAGGAGUCAGCGGCUGGCCACUGGUCUACCUACGAGACAAGCACUUGGAUCCCCGAUAACCCGUCGACAGCUGCUCAAAUCGUUUAUGAAACUGUCUAUGUGACAGAAACUGUAUGGGAAGACGGACCUUCCCCGACUGCCCCUCAAACUCUUGCUGAAUCUUUCCCUACAACAUCUGCAAGUGUUUCUGGUAGUGCGCUCACCGGGGAGAUUGGGAACGUCAAUCUCGUCGCAACCGAUCCAAUCACAAGCUCUGCCGCCUCAAGUUCAGUCGCAACUUUUGCUGCUUCUCCUAUUGAAGUUGCUGCUGGUACGGAUUCUAACAUUGCUGCACUGAGCGCUGCCACCGCCAUUACUGUGUCUCUCGACUCUAGCGAUCUCGAUGCCCAGAUUGACGCCCUUGGCUUUACCAUCUCUAUAGGCGAAACGAUUUCCAUUGGCUUUGGCGGUGGUUCCGCCCCGACUACCACAUCGUCUGCUCCCACUUCCACUGUUACCGCCUCUGGGGACAAGAAGGUCUUUGCCCACUUUAUGGUUGGUAUUGUCUCCACGUAUGCUGUAGGCGACUGGGAGUCGGACAUGCAACUCGCCAAGUCUAAAGGCAUCGACGGCUUUGCCCUCAACAUUGGUGUCGACUCGUAUUCCCAGGAACAACUCGAUCUCGCUUACCAGGCUGGCGCUUCUGUAGGAUUCGACCUUUUCAUCUCUUUCGAUUUCAACUGGUACACCAUUGCCGAUAUCUCUGGUGUGGCGAACAUGCUUAAACGAUACAAGGAUCAACCAGCCCAAUUCCGCGUCGAUGACAAGCCUUUCGUCUCUACUUUUAUUGGUGAUGGAUUUGACUGGAGCUCGGUGGCUACCGAGGUUGGAGAAGAAUUGUACGCUGUACCUUUCUGGCAACCUAGCGCCGACAAUGCCAACAAUGCUGGUCUAGCUGGCCUAUUCUCUUGGGAUGCCUGGCCUGGACAACUUGACAAUGUUCCUGUCAAUGCGUCCAUGAGUGAUACUCGAGAUAUUGAGUAUCUCGGCUACCUUGAAGCUGUCGGCAAGACUUAUAUGGCUCCUGUUUCUUCUUGGUUCAGUACCCAUUUUGGUGCAGAGGUUUCUUACUCCAAGAACUGGGUGUUUAAAAGUGAGACGCUCUGGAAGGACAGGUGGGACGACAUUUUGCAGCUCGGUAGCCGUCUCAACUUUAUCGAGAUUGUAACCUGGAACGACUACGGAGAGUCUCAUUAUAUUGGCCCUUACAACACUGCCCACACUGACGACUCGUCGUCUGCCUGGGCUGCUGGCCUUGAUCACACAGCUAUGCUCGACUUUGCUGUCCCAUAUAUCAAGGCAUUCAAGGCUGGUGAAACAGCCCCUGUUAUUGACAGCGAAAUGUUGGUCUACUGGCAUCGCCCUCACCUCAAAUCAGUUUCCUGUGACAGCACAGACAUUUGUGGUUCUAGGCCCACCGGCUGGGACUUUUUGGAAGACACUGUCUUUGUAUCUACCAUGACCAAGUCUGGCGGUAUUGUUAAAGUUACGUCAGGUGGUAACCAAGCCGUUGUCCAGCAGGUGGACGCUGGCGUGCAGAUGAUUGAAGUGCCCAUGGGCGUUGGAGAGCAGAUUUUCGAGUUUACCACGUUCCAGGGAGGCUACGGGAAGACUACUUCCAAUCUGACGAUCAGUGCGGAUUGCUGGAAUGGCAUCUACAACUUCAACUACCAUUCUGGUUCUAUUACUUGCUAAAGAAUCACGUUAUCUCGCUGUCAAUCGUCAUCCGGUGUAAUCGUCCCCAUUGGCACAGAAUAAUAUCGCCUCUUAUACCUCGCAUUUUCACCCAUGUAUGGGCGGCGGACCCUCGAAAUUUAUUGUUAGUAACAAAAAUCCUUUUUUUGAUAAGUCCUUCGUUGUAGUAAUACGUAGAUGCUGGCGUCUGUGGUCGUAUACAUAUCAAAAUAUCUCGUAGCCC